AUGAAUACUUCACCUAGUCAAAACUAACAAUAAUAAGCAAAAAUAUCGUCUAGUAUCUAAGGAUUUAAGAAUCUAUCUAAGAACCAAGUGUAAAUUGAACUUAGAUAAGAAUACUUACCCACAAGCUAAAAGGGAAAGCUAGAGAUAGACGAAUAUAUUUUAAAUCAUAAGCAUUCAAAUUCUGAAGGCCUUCCAGAUAUCGAUCGAGACAACAGUAAUCAAUUGGUAAAUCUGAGCAAUAAAGAGAAGGAGCACUACACCUUUCUUAAUAACCUUAAAACUAAAUUCAAUGUUGAUUAGAGUAAAUUAAUCAAUUUAGAGUGUCGCCUAUCAGGUCAUGAAAAAGAAACCAUCAGCCAGCAUUUGGCUCUCAGUAGCAAUUUAAAAAAUAGCAGUUCGCGCGGUAAUCUUAAUGAUUGCAUUAAUGAUGAAUCUUAUUCGAGAUUAUCAAUAAAUUCCAACUCAUAAAAUCUUAAUCAAACUACCACAUCAUUUAAAUCCAAAAGAAAAUCUACCUAACCAUAGAAGCACAACUCAAAAAUCGUUCACGCAAUGGAAAUUUAAAAUUCUUCUCCGAAGUUACAACCUAAAAAGCCGACAUCUCCAGUUGACAUUACUCCCUUUGAGCCUUAAAUACAAAAAAGAGUAAAAUCUACACACUCAAAUCUACAUCAAAGUGAUAGUCAAUAGUAACUCAUUACAACAUUUAUUCAUGAUGAGAACAAUCAAAAUCAGAGUAAUAUGAUGUAAAGGCCUAGAGUAGAAUAAUAUUAAUAGGAAAAAGAUAAGGCAAUAAAUAAUUCACAAAAUAUAGAUUAAACUUCUAAAAUGAUCCAACAAAUUAAGGACGAAAAUGAUUAGCUUAAGAGAAAUUUGGAUAAUUAAAUGAAACUUUUCAGACAAAAGGAAGAAGAGCACAGUAAAAGCAACCAACUACUGAACACUUUCAACUAACAGAUUAAAGAGAUUACCAGUUUAUAUGAAUAACAAGAAGCAUAGAAGAAACUAUAUAUUGAAUCUCUAGUAAAAACUUUGACUUCUCUCGAAGAUAAACUUAGAAAAGAAAAAAGAAUUUGGUUGAAUGAAUAAGCAAUAAGACUUGGAAGGCUAACUACCUAGAGAUAAAGUACGAAAUUUAUUGAGGUAUGGGAAGAAGGAGAAGCAUUUAAAAAACUCCACAUAAAACUAAGAGAAAUCUAGCGUGAAAAGGAGGAAAUAGAGAAACUUAAAAAGAAUAGAAAUAAGGUCAAGAGUGUUAAAAAAUCUGCUUCAGUUUUACCUUCAGUUCCAACUGAUGGAUUUUCAAAUAUUUCUGGCUCAUCUAUGCAAAGAAAUAUGAGUAAUAAUGGACUUAAUAGUAUUGCAUCCCUCAAUGAGAACAGUGAAUUUGAUCUAGAGGAGUCUGAGUUUAACAAUAUUGAUAAGAAUGAACAAAAGGAGAUUUAUUAAUUCAAGUAAAGAUUACUAGAAAAUGAAGAGAAAAGAGUCCGAGAUGAACUCUAGAUACUUGAUAAGGAGAAGUGUCUUUACCUCAAUGAAUUCAAGAGAAUGAGAGAUGAGGAGUUCUCAAAGUACUGUGGCAUCAAUUCAAAAAGAAAAUUUGAAGUGCUUCAAAAGAAAUACUUGAUUCUCAGCUUACUAGGCAAGGGUGGUUAUUCAGAAGUAUAUAAAGCAUAUGACCUUGAAUAAUGCAGGGAAGUUGCCUGCAAGAUACAUCAAUUUGAUGAUUCAUGGAAUGAAACAAUAAAGGAUAGUUACAUUAAGCAUGCUUUAAGAGAAAACGAAAUUCAUAAAGACCUAAAUAACAGAAGAGUUGUUAAACAAUUUGACACAGUAGAGAUUGAUCAUAAUAGUUUUUGUACUGUUCUUGAGCAGUGCACAGGUCCUGAUCUCUAUUUCUACCUUAAAUAAUAAAGAUAAAUUCCAGAAAAAGAAGCCAAACUAAUCAUCUCCUAGAUAUUAAGUGGUCUUAAGUAUCUCAACGACUAGAAGCAAAAGAUUAUUCACUAUGAUCUAAAACCUUAGAAUAUUCUAUUCCACAAUGGAGAAGUUAAGAUAACUGACUUUGGUCUAUGCAAAAUUAUGGAGGAAAAUUCUGAUAGAAUUGAAUUGACUUCCUAAGGAGUUGGUACUUAUUGGUAUUAAGCUCCUGAAUGCUUUGAAGUUUCUAACACACCUAUGAUCACAUCUAAAGUAGAUAUUUGGAGCGUUGGUGUUAUAUUCUUUGAACUUCUUUACGGAUAAAAGCCUUUUGGUCAUGAUAAAUCAUAAUAAGCCAUCCUAUAGGAUUAGACAAUUCUUAAAGCUAAAGAAGUCAUAUUCCCUUCUAAGCCUUAAGUAUCUGAUGCAUGCAAGGAUUUCUUACGUAAAUGUCUGAGUUAUUACUAAUAUGAUAGAUAUGAUGUCUAUGAGGCAUACUAUAGCCCCUAUCUCAGAGGCAGCAACUAAUAAAUUCCUUCUUAAUAAUAGCCUGCUAACAAUAUGAUUAAGCAAUAUUAAAAAUGA